AUGCCUAUAUGGAUAUCCUUGGUUGAUAUUGAUUUAGGUGACGAUUCUGGACUGAAAACAGCCAUCCUUUACCAUCCCUAUCAAUCCUUUACAAUCCCUGGCCAUACCCAGCCGUCCUUUACCAUCCCUAUCCAUACCUAGCCAUCCUAUACCAUCCUUAGCUAUCCCUACCAAACCCAGCCAUCAUUUACCAUCCCUAGCCAUACCCAGCCGUCUUUUACCAUCCCUAUCCACCCUUUACCAUCCAUACCAUACCCAGCCAUCAUUUACCAUCCCUAGCUAUCCUUUACCAUCUCUAGCCAUACCCAGCCGUCCUUUACCAUCCCUAUGAAUCCUUUACCAUCCUUAACCCUUCCCAACCGUGCUUUACUAUCCCUAUCCAUCCUUUACCAUCUCUAG